AAGCCACUUGGAAAUAGAAAACGCACUUUUGCCUAAAAUAUGUCGGCGCUGGAAACGCUCACCCCCAUCCAGAGUUUUUACGAGGGCAAGACGCUUUUCGUCACCGGAGCGACCGGAUUUCUGGGCAAAGUACUGCUGGAGAAAUGUCUGAGGACGUUCAACGUCAAAAGAAUUUAUAUUUUGGUCAGGACCAAGCGGGGACAAUCGGCGGAAACUCGAUUGGAACAGCUCCUCAAGUCACCAGUGUACGACCAGCUACGUCAAAUCAACCCCAAUUUCGGAGACAAGAUCACGAUAAUAACGGGCGAUUGCCAGUCCCCCAACGCCGGAAUCCGUCCGGAAGACGUAAAAACGUUGAUCAAAGAAACGAACUGCAUCUUCCAUUGCGCCGCCACCAUAAACUUCGACGAGCACAUCGCCUUAGCAGCAAAGAUCAACGUUCGUGCUACCAGAGACCUGCUCCAAAUCGCCAAGCAAAUGCCCAAUUUGUUGUCUUUCGUGCACGUCUCCACCGCUUACGCCAACUCCACGAGACGACAAGUGGACGAGGUCGUUUACGACCCUGCCAUGUUACCCGACAAGUUGUUCGCAUUGGUGGAGAACAUUGAUCAUUCUUUGUUGACUGAAGUGACCGAAAGAUUGUUGGGAGGAUACGCCAACACGUAUGUGUUCACCAAAAACAUUGCCGAGCAUGUUGUACAGCAGGAAUGUUCGGAUUUGCCCAUUAGCAUCAUACGACCCUCCAUAGUGACGGCAGCCGAAAAGGAACCAAUUCCUGGCUACGUGGACAAUUUAAUUGGUAUAACAGGAUUGUGCGUCGCAAUAGGUUUAGGAUUUGUCAGGAGCAUUAUGUGGAGGACUGAUUAUGUUCUAGACGCUAUUCCUUUAGAUUACGUCGUCAAUGAGACGCUGGCAGUUGGCUGGGACAUCGACAGAAAACGAAAAUCCGGCCAGAAUAACACAUUUUCCGUGUUUAAUUGUGUGACCUCAAGUUUAAACCCAAUAAAACUGGGCGAAUACUAUGAGAAGUGCAGCCAAUUUGCUCUAAGCAUGACGGUACAGAAACGUCUUUGGUAUCCAUUCGUUAUAAACACGCACUCUGAAAUUUUAUUGGCUGCUUAUGGCUUUCUUUUACACACGGUUCCUUAUCAUUUUAUUGAUUUUAUUGUUAAAAUUAUCGGAGGAAAACCUAUAUUGGUAAAAUCCUACAAUAAAUUCCUAAAGUUACGAAAGGUAUUGAAAUUUUUCGUGGUAAAUGAAUGGUACUUUACGGCGACGAACACGACGAAAUUAUACAAUUCUAUGAGUGAAGAAGAUAAGAAAUUAUACAACUUUGAUGUGAAAAAAAUCAAUUGGAACGAAAUAAUUUUUAACAGCAUACGUGGUAUCAAAAAAUAUAUUUUAAUGGACAACUCUGGAGAUUUCGACGAUCAGCAAACAAUAAAAAAACUGAAAACCCUCCAUUACACUUUGGUUACUGUUCUACUUGUCGCCUUUCUUUAUAUUGUUUUCAGCGUUUUCAAUUGCUUCUCGCAAAUUUUAUCUGACGGCAUAGACCACGAGAGAGGUUUGGACAUUUCGCUCAGGAUUCCGUGCGAGACGGUCUUCAAGAUGGAACAGAGCCAGGUACAAGAAUAUUACGCCGAAAAAUGCGUCUUCAUCACCGGUGGCACCGGCUUCCUAGGCAAACUGCUGCUCGAGAAACUGUUGAGAUCCACCACCGUAGAAAAAGUUUAUCUGCUGAUCAGAAAAAAGGAGAAGAAGAAUGCAGACGAAAGGCUCCAAGAAUUGUUCAAGUGUCCGAUUUUUGACGGUAUUAAAAGGACGAACUCAUCUGCGUUGGAAAAGAUCGUGGUGGUCGAAGGUGAUAUGCAACAAAUGAAUUUGGGAAUCGACGAGAAGAUCUUGAGAGAAAUGGUACGAGAUGUUCAAUGCGUUUUCCACACGGCUGCCGCUGCCAAAAUCAACCAGACAAUUGUGGAGGCCAUCAGGACGAACGUUAAAGGAGUUCAAGAACUCUUGGACAUCGGUCGAUCCAUGAAGAAGCUCAAAUCACUAGUUUUGGUUUCUACAGCCUAUUCGAACUGUACUAAAGAAGAAAUUGAUGAAAAGUUCUAUGACGUAGGCGUCGAUGUGGAGGAGUUGGUUAAUAGUGUGGACGCUCAUGGAUUAAAUGGCCUCGAAAAAUACAAACAAGUGACCGAAAACUGGCCCAGCAGCUUCACAUUUUCGAUGGCUUUGGCCGAAAAUCUAAUUAAAAACGAGUGUGGUAAACUGCCAGUGGCUUUAGUACGAGUUUCCUCAAUUAUUUCAACAAAUCACGAGCCAAUUAGGGGGUACAUAGACAGCUGCCACGGCCCCACAGGAGUUUUAAUAGGUGUUGGAUUGGGAAUGAUGAGAGUCUUCUACGGAGAUGACAAUGUUGUUGGUGACGUUGUGACCGCUGAUUAUGCCAUCAAUAACGUGAUUGCAGCCGGAUGGGCCGUUAAUGAAUACAGGGACUACGACAGAUUGGAAAAGGUUUAUCAAAAAGAAAAGGUUCCGAUCUUCAACUGCGUCUCCUCCCCAAAAAACCCGAUUAAGUGGAGCAAAUUGGGGGAGAUAAUGCACAAAUACAAUUUGGACUCCCCAUCUAAUAAAAUUAUGUGGUACCCUUAUAAAAUUAUGACAAAAUGCGUUUACGCUUAUUUAUUGCUCAAACUGAUGUUGCAUUAUUUUCCUGCCUUGCUCACCGAUUUAGUUUUGAAGAUGAUGGGCAAAAAUGCGGGUUUGGUUCAAUUUUAUGCAAAAAUGGAAAAUUACUCGGGCAACAUUGAAUAUUUCAUGAACAAGUCGUGGACGUUCAACGACUCCAACAACCAGGAGCUGCUAAAAGGAAUGACGAGAAAAGAUCGAGAGUUAUUCAACUUUGAUCUGUCGGACAUCGAUUGGGAGAGUUACUUCGAGUUUUACACGAAAGGGAUCAGAGUUUACAUACUCAAGGACGACAUGAGCAGCGUCGAAAAAGCCAAAAACAAACUGAAAGUCCUCAAGUACAUUCAUUACUUCUUGACAGGCGUUGCUGUAUUUGUAUUUUACUUCACAUUAAGAUUCUUCCUUAAGAUGUUUUUACGCUUUUUUAUAGACAUUUAGUUUACUUAGUAUCUAGUAUACAGU